AUGUCAUUGGAAAGAAGACAGAUAGAUGGGAUAACAGUUUCUGGUGACAGGACCUGGAGAAAGAGGGGAUUCUCGUCUUUGUUCGGUGUCGUAUCACUAAUAGGGUGGUGCACGGGAAAAGUCGUCGACAUUGCAGUGAAAUCUAAAUUCUGUAAGGCCUGCAGUUUGUGGAACGGAAAGCAAGAAACAAGCGAAUAUGAAGAAUGGGCUGCAAAUCACGAAGCAAACUGCGAAAGAAAUCACGAAGGUUCGUCGGGAAAGAUGGAAGUAGACGCAGUCGUAGAAAUGUUUCAGCGGUCCGAAGAAUUGCACAAUUUAAAAUAUUCUCAUUACAUCGGUGAUGGAGACAGCAAAACAUUCAAAGGCAUUUUAGAUUCGAAACCUUAUGAUGAUUUGAAUGUUUGUAAAAAAGAAUGUAUAGAUCAUGUUCAAAAACGUAUGGGCACGAGAUUACGUAAUUUGAAAAAAAAUGUAAGAGGUCUUGGAGGCAGAGGAAAAUUGACAGGCAAACUGAUCGACGAGUUGACAAUAUACUAUGGUCUGGCUAUUCGUAGAAAUUCUAAUUCCAUUGAAGAUAUGAGACGAGAAAUAUGGGCGACUUUAUUCCAUAAGAUUUCAACGGACAGCGAACCGCAGCACGACCGUUGCCCAAUCGGAGAGAACUCGUGGUGUUCUUGGCAGCAGGCGAAAGCUGAGAACGAAUUAGAUGAAUACCAACACAAACCAGCUUUAAACAAUGAAGUUUUUAAAGCUAUUCAACCUAUUUACGAAGAAUUAAGUCGAGACGAGUUGCUAUCCCGCUGUGUUGGCGGGUUUACUCAAAACAGCAACGAGAGUUUUAAUUCUGUGCUGUGGGCAAUAGCACCAAAAACUGUUCACAGUAACAAAGCAAUCGUCGAUAUUGCCGCAAAUAUUGCUGUUUGCAACUUUAAUGAUGGUUUGCACAGCAUAAUGCAAAUUAUGCAAGUGUUAAAUCUAAUAAUUGGAAGUGCUUGUUACAAUUUCUGCGUUCAAGCAGACGAACGCCGGAUCCGCGCAGCUGAGCGCACUAUGACCGAGGAAGCUAAAGAAGCUCGUAGGCAGCAGAAAUCAGCUCGGAAGGCCACAGAUGACGAGGACAUUAAUGUAGAAGGUCAACUGUAUGGUGCAGGCAUUGCAGAUUAA